GCCUUUUAUUAGUUCAAAUCGUUAGGCCUAUAAUUUGUAAACCCAACGCCGUCACAAAGCCCGAGCUUGACGGGCUAGAGAUUCAGCAAUGACAGUAGAGUAAAAAUACACAGAAAAAUUAGAUGUCGUCGCCGCCAAAUUCCCUUCCUCCAUCCGCUCCAGAUCCAGAGCCUCUCUCCGCCGUCGAUGAGAAUGCCCCCGACGCCGCAACCACCGCCGGCGAUUCGCCGCCACAGGAGCUCAUCUGCUCCACCACCACCACCGCCACCACGACGUCCUCAUCAUCCUCCUCCCCAUCCGAUCGAGCCGAAGAUCAUCCGCCGUCGGACAUCCCCAUCUCCUGGCCGCCCGAAGGACAGCUGUCGUCGGAGUGGGUCCACCGCCUGAUUUCGGCCUUCGACUGGUCCUCCCGCCACGUGGCUCCGUCGCGGUUCGAAUCCGUGCUCCCCGUCCCGGUCUUCGACGCCCUGGUGCUGGCCGCGUCGAAGCUCCUCCACAAGGAGCCGAAUUGCGUCUCGAUCGGGGAUUUGAGUCCCGAUUCCGCCGUCGUCGUGGUCGGGGACGUCCACGGCCAGCUCCACGACGUGCUGCUCCUGUUCAGGGAAGCUGGUUUCCCUAGCGAGAAUCGUUACUUCGUGUUCAAUGGGGACUAUGUUGAUCGAGGGGCUUGGGGGCUCGAGACUUUCUUGGUCCUGCUGGCGUGGAAGGUUUUUAUGCCGCACAGGGUGUUUCUCUUACGUGGGAACCACGAAUCAAAGUACUGUACAUCGGUGUACGGUUUCGAAAAGGAAGUACUAGCAAAGUAUGGGGAUAAAGGCAAACAUGCCUACCGGAAGUGUUUGGGAUGCUUCGAAGGGCUUCCUUUGGCUUCCAUUAUUGCUGGGCGUGUGUACACUGCUCACGGGGGACUAUUCAGAAGCAACCCUGUUACACCCACCCCGCCCAAGAGAUCAAAACGAAAGAAGAACCGGAAAGUAAACCUACAUCAGGAGACUAAUAUGUUAGCUCUUGGUUCUUUAGAUGAGUUGGCCAAAGCUCGAAGGUCAGUUCUUGAUCCUCCAUGGGAAGGCCAGAACUUGAUCCCUGGUGACGUGUUAUGGUCAGACCCAACGAUGAAACCGGGGCUCUCACCAAAUAAAGAAAGAGGGAUCGGCUUGCUUUGGGGGCCUGAUUGUACGAAAGCUUUUUAAAGAGGUUUCAGUUAAAGCUAAUCAUCAGAUCACAUGAAGGUCCUGAUGCUAGAGAAAAGAGGCCCGGUCUUGGCAAAAUGGACGAGGGAUAUACCAUUGAUCAUGUUACAGAGUCUGGGAAACUUAUUACUUUGUUUAGUGCUCCAGACUACCCACAGUUUCAGGCAACGGAGGAGAGAUACAAGAACAAAGGGGCCUAUAUCGUUCUGAAACCACCUAAUUUUGAUGAACCCGAGUUCCAUAGCUUUGAUGCAGUAACUCCUAGACCGCAGGUGAAUCCAUAUUAUGACUUCGAAGAUGUGAUAGACUCUGAUGAAGAUCUCGACUUGGCUUCAAUGGCAAACAAUGAUUAACGCAAAGACCUGUCGUGUGCGAAACCAAAUCCAGUUCAUCACCUGCUGUUUUGCUAGCUCCUCCAAUGCUUCUCGAUGUUUUUGUACAAUCAUAAUUUAUGAACUAAACCUAUUCUCUCCCCAGCACGGGAAGCUGGCAUCUUCUUGUUGUUACCUCUUCAGUUUCCCUUUAAUUUGGCAGCUCAGAAUACCAUCAUGUGUACACUUCCUGGUAUUUAAGGUUUUUUCUUUUUUAGCUAAGUUCUGGAAUUGCUGCUGUCCUGAUUAUUUUUGUGGAAUUUCGCCUUAAUGGUGCCUUUGUUGUUUUUACAGCCCAUUUUCCUUCAUGUCCUUGCAAUUAUUUGAAGUUUACCUUUCUCUAGUUUUGCUCGUGUUA